AUGUCAAAAACAAUCGAAGACAAUGGCUGGACAGCAGUUUCAAGAAGCCUCGAGAAGCUGCUUUCCAACCGCAAGAAUCCUGAGUCAAAGGCAACACCGCUUCGAGUCGAGGACAUGCCAUUGCCCAGCAGCCCUGUCGUGGAUGCCAUCAUGAAACACGCACGAGAUCGCCUGCCCAAGCAGAUCUUCAGCCACAGCAUGCGCGUCUACUACUACGGUACAUUCAUGCAUCACCGCGACAUCACUCAAUGCUGUGCCUUGUACGAAGCAACUGCCACUGACAUAAUGACAUACACAGGUCAAGCCAUUGCCAUGCAGCACUUUCCCGAAUGGCGCUACAGUCCAGAAACAUACCUGCUCGCCAGCCUCCUCCACGACAUCGGCACUACAGACGCAAACAUGUCCUCCACACAACUGAGUUUCGAAUUCCAAGGAGGCAUCCAAGCAUUGAAUCUCUUGACUCAGAACGGUGCACCUCAGUCGACUGCUGAAUCUGUGUGCGAGACUAUCAUCAGACAUCAGGAUGUUGGCGACACGGGCAACAUUACCACUUUGACUGCGGUGAUACACUUUGCGACGUUACUCGACAAUGUCGGUGCAAAUCCAGAGCUGGUGCACAAGGAUACGAUUGAGAGUGUUGUCAAGACUUGGCCUAGAGAAGGUUGGACUGGUUGCUUUGCUGCUACUGUCAGGAAGGAGACCAAACUCAAGCCAUGGUCGCACACGACAAAGAUCGAGGACUUUGCUGAAAAGGUCGAAGCCAACGAAACUAUGCACCCUUACGAUUGA